AUGUCAGUCAACGACCACUACCGCAAGACAUCGCUUGGGCUUGCUCUGCAAGCUGCCUUGGAUGAGCUUCUUGAGGCGCAGAGCAUCUCGCCGGAUUUGAUGAACCAUGUGUUGGAAAACUUUGACACCACCAUGGUGAAGCGGCUGUCGAAUGUGAAGCACCGGGCCGAUCUCAAGGCGUUGUGUAAGGAGUACAAGAACAUGAAGGAUUUCUGGACCAUCUCGCUCAAGGACUGCAAGUUCACCUUCAGCAAGGCCGAGGAACUGCAUACGGACAAACUCACCGUGUUCACCAGCAAGACACAGUAG